CACAGACACUACAUGAGAUGUCAUAGAAAAAAACUGUUUUGUUGAUGUAGGUGCUUGCUAUUGAGUUAUUCUCUGGGGUGGGAGUGUGUUAGAAGGUGAUGAGGACUCACUCAUUUGAUAAUACUCCGAUUGAGAGGGAGAGAGAGGCAGAACGAGAUUGACACAAGGCUCCCAGUGUGGUGGUAGCCUGCAGCUGAAAUUGGGCCUUUGCAGGGUGGAGGCAACACACUGUAGCCAGGACCUGUCACAUUACUCUCGCCUCUACAGUGGGACCCGGGCACCUGAGUGAAGACUGUGAGUAGGGUAACAGAGCGGGAGAGAGAGAGAGAGAAAGCAGAAAGCAGGCCAAACACACAGACACGACAACACCUCCUGAGGAGAGGACAAUUUGGGAGACAUCGCGUGAGGGGGACUGCAACUUUGUGUCACCACUGUGAGACUUUGAAACAAGUUUGAAAACAGUUUGAAGAAGAGAAAGCACCAUGGAUACGGAUGCGAUAGCGGACUACGAGUACCCAGACCUGGAUCCUUAUCCAUCCCAAAUUAAAGUGGAAAUAAUCACACCAUGUGACCCUACUGCUGACGACAGGCUCUACCAUAUAUCCAUCACUGCCAUAUCUCUCGUUAUCAUGCUGAUCCUUGCAAUCUUAGCCAGGCGGACGAAGGUGGACAACAGUAAGAAAGGACUCCCAGGUUUACUCAGUCCAGUCAACUUCCUGGACCAUACUCAGCACAAGGGCUUGGCAGUGGCUGUGUUUGGAGUGCUCUUGUGCAAACUGUGGGGCCUGGUCAUCUCACCACAUCCCCUCCCCUUCACAACAGACUCCGAGAACAAACAAAACUGGGUGAUUCUUGGAGUCUUCUACUAUCCCGUGCUAUACUACCCUCUCCUGGCAUGUGGCACCUUGCAUAAUAAAGUUGGCUAUGUUCUUGGCAGCCUCUUGUCAUGGACACACUUUUCAGUUCUGGUCUGGCAGAAAAUCGACUGUCCCAAAACACCUCUGAUAUACAAAUACUACUCCCUUUUCACCUCCCUGCCUCAAAUAGCCUGCUUGGCAUUUCUUAGUUUCCAGUAUCCACUUCUACUGUUCAAGGGCUUUAAGGGCAACGAAAAAGACAGCGUUACGGAGGAUCUAAACAGCAGCUACUAUAACGACUAUGUGAGGAAAUUGUUGAAGAAGAAGAAGCCUACCAAAAUCAGCACGUCGAGCACUGAAACACCCAAGCUUCAUCAAAGAAUAAUUGCUGCUGUUAAAUCAUACAUUUAUACACCAGAGGAAGCUUUCCGUUUUCCUCUGAAGUUGGCCAUAUCUGUUUUUGUGUCAUGCAUUACACUGUAUCAGGUGGGUCUCCUCCUGAUCGCAGCUGUGGUACCAUCGCUCCAGAUUGCCCGUCUAGGAGUGGAUGAAAACAUUGCAAACCUUUUGGCCGGCUUCAAGAUAAUUCUGUCUCCAGACAAACACGAGGUGGUCAGAAUCGUGGUUUAUUACAUGUGGUGUGUAGAGGUUUGCUACAUCUCAGCGACAACCCUCACUGCCAUCGUCAACCUGGUUUUGCUCAUGCGCUCUAUGGUUCUGCACCGGUCAAACCUGAAGGGGCUGUACAGAGGAGAUAUCUAUAAUGUUUAUAACUGCCAGAGAAGUAUCAGGGCUUCACGGCCAGCACUUGUCUGCUGGAUGGGAUUCACCAGCUUUACCGCUGCACACAUCUGCGUCGGCAUGAUUGUCCAGACCAUGGUGUUCUUCCUCUGUCUUCUAAUUGCUGUCUUCCUCAUCAUCAUACCUGUGCUGCACAGAGAGAAUCUGAUUCUCUUUCAGAUCCUGUGGAGCAUGUGGCCCUUCUGGCUGAUGAUUCUUUUGGCCGUGUUGAUUCAACAUAUUACAGCCAGGUUUUGUUUCAUCAAAAAAACAUCAAGCACUCGAGACUUACGCAACAGGGGUAAUCUCUUCCUGCUCACCUACCUGCUGUUUCCUGUCAACAUUCUGAUCGGAGUGAUACUGGCACUGUGGCGCAUGGUCGUUACAGCCUUGUUCAACAUUGUUCACUUGGGCCGCAUGGAUAUCAGUCUUCUUAACCGCAAUGUGGAGGCAUUUGACCCAGCCUACCGCUGCUAUGCUCAUUAUCUGAAGAUUGAGGUGAGCCAGUCUCAUCCUGUGAUGAAGGCCUUCUGUGGGAUGUUGCUUCACUCUGUGGGCCAGGAGGGGAAUACUGCACAGAGGUCAAGGGAUGCUGAAGAAGGGAUCCAGCUGGUCCAACAGGAGAAGAUACACUACAAAAUGUCCAGUGCCAAGAGGGCCCGCGGGCACUGGCGUCUUCUCUACACCCUGGUCAACAACCCAUCUCUGGUGGGUACCAGGAAGCACUUCCAGCGUCAGACCACAGAGAGCUUUCUGAAUGGAAGCCUGAACCGUGGUGCCAAGGAGGGGAGCAAAAAGGAUUCAGCAAUCAAGGAAGCAGCUGCCAGUAUUUGAACAUGAAUGUGACUCUGAUGAUUAAGGAUUUUCUGCAAAUUUUCUCUUGGGGGGGGGUUUGGGGGGAUUCUACAGCCACAGUAUUUGUCCCACAUCACCUAAAACAGCUGUGGGUGCAUUUUGGUAAAAUGAGUGCACCCACAGCUCAGUAUCUCAUGUGCAACAAGCUUUUUUUCUGUUUGUCUGUCUGGAGAUUGUGUGUUUACUUUGUGCUGUUGUUUCCCCCCCUGGCUGUUUUGUGUAUAUAUGAGAGCAACAGACUCCCUCGUCUGAUGUGAAAGCUUGUGUGGAUCUGCUCUUCCAACUAAAAAACACUCACCAUUAAAUCAUCUGUUUGCAUCAUGUUAUAUAUUUAAAUCUAUGGGAUAAUCACAGAUGUUUUCCAACAUGCAGUAAUUAUCAUAUUGAUGCAGAACGGCUGCUGGACACAUGCAUGUGCAGUCAGUAUUUAUAUGCAGACCCUUUCACUAUUCAUGACUUCAACAAACUAACUGUUUUCAUCUAGUGGAUGAAUUUUAAUUGUGUGUAAUUAAAACAAUAACCUGUGGAUUAGGAACUACCAGAUGUAUUUGUAUCAUUUUUGUUCUGUUUUAUUUGUAGAUGUUUAAAUGCAAAACCAUCAGCUGCCACUGUCUGGUUUUGUGAUAUUUGCCAUAUCACAUAUUUUGGAUGUGCACCGGCAUUUAAAAUGUUUUUGCUUUUAAGUGAUCAUAAAAAUCAAGAUAAAACUGAAAUGUACUCUU